AUAAGGAAAAGAAAUGGACCAGGUUCUGGUUCUAGACGUAGUUCCUGGAUUUGUGUAUAAAAAGGUGGAGUCGGUUCGGUGCAUGUGUCACAGUUAGUUGGUGUGUUCAGUUGUUUGCAAGGAAGCCAAAUAUCACCGCAAGAAGAACCAAAAAUGAAAGUCGCUGCCCUGUUUGUAGUGCUUGCUCUGGCUCUGACGGCAGAAGCUCAGCCCGUGUGGCCAUGGGCCCCGUGGCCCGCUGCUGCUGGUUGGCCAGCCGCAUGGCCAGUCGCUGCCGCCCCCUGGGGUUGGCCGCUCGCUGCACCGGCUGCAGCCCCGGUCGUAGCCGUUGAUGCCCCAGCCGCUCCGGAACCGGCUGCCACCUCGGUCACCGCCACCCGGGGAGCUGUUCACGUUGCCCCCCUGCCUGGUCACGCCGUCAACCAGCAGCAGCUCAAUUUGGCUCCAGCACCAGGAACUGCCUAGAACUGUCGACCCUCACAUACGCCACCAAAUGAAACUCAGAAGUCAAUCGCUGUACCCGAAGUCAAUUUGUUUUGUUUUUCCACAUCCUAUCUACAUCUAUUUCUUUUCUGAACUAUCAACGCUUAAGCAUCAAUGAAUAAACUCGUUUUUAUUUCUCUAUAAAAGAAUAGAAAUAA